GAGAUGCACAAGAGAUUCCCUGUGAGUCCUGUUGAGAGAACUAUCUGAUCAUGUUCCUACUCUUUCUGGUUAUCUUAGGGACUUCUGAAGGUCAUGGUCGGGCAGACAUUUGCAAUCAGUAUGAGUCAUGUGAUGAGUGUAUAACAACUGGAAUUGGCUGUGUCUGGUGUCCGGACCCUGCUCCAUUCUCGGGUCCCAGAUGUACCAGUUACCAGACAGCAGACUGUCUCUCAGAGCCUGAAGACCCAGUGGCCACCCCUCCGCAGAUACUCAGACAGGAUCAACUUGGAGAAAUAGUUCAGAUAUCACCACAAGCAAUUCGUCUUAAUCUCAGAACAGGAGAGCCUCAGACAUUCACUCUGUCAGUGAAGCCAGCCAGGAACUAUCCUCUGGACAUGUACUUCCUCAUGGACCUCUCUGGAUCUCAAGCCUCUGACCUGGACAGUCUCAAGAACCUCUCUAACUCCAUAACUGACGAACUGGAGCAAAUCUCAUCACAGUUUACAGUUGGAUUUGGGUCGUUUGUUGACAAGGUUGCCUACCCCUUUGCCUCGACACUACAGAAUGGCUCUGACUACAUGACCAGACACCUGGGAAACAUGAUGUAUGGUAGAGUGUGCUAAUGUGAUACUCUCAUGUGGGCCAACCUAUGUCUACAGACACCAUCUCCCACUGACCAGUGACAGUGGUCAGCUCAGAGAAGUUCUGGAAAAUGUGACAAUCAGAGGUAAUCUGGAUGCUCCAGAGGCCCCUCUGGAGGCUCUCCUGCAAUCAGUUGUCUGUCUUGACGAGGUGGGAUGGAGGAAUGGUAGUCUGAGGAUAGUCAUGAUCCUGACUGAUGCUGGAUUCAAGACUGCUCUGGAUGGAAGGGUGGCUGGACUGGUGACCAGAAAUGAUGGAGAGUGUCAUCUGAAGAUGAAUAAGGAAGGAUUCUAUGAGUACUUUAGAAGCCCUGAACAGGAUUACCCAUCCAUCCAUCAAGUGCGGGACAAGUUGAUAGAAAACGACAUCAUCACAAUAUUUGCAGUAGCAGAAGAUGUCGUCGUAAACCGGACAUCGACAGACAAUAUUGUAUACAGGGAGCUGGCUAAGGAGAUUGGAAACUCCAGGGCUUUUGUUCAGACCAUAGCUGAGGACUCGGCUGACAUUGUUAGUGUCAUCAGAAUAGCCUACGAGAGUGUAAAAAGAGAUAUAGUUGUGGACGGUGUAUCUGGACUCACAAUAGGGAUUGCCCCUGUCCUCAACUGCAAUCUGCUCUCUGAUGGGAGUGGUUGUGCCAAUGUGGCCCCAGAACAGCUGGAGAUGUUCAAUGUGACAGUCACCAUGGACCAGUGUCUUCCUGACACUCAGACUCAACUUCUACCUCUGCCGGGGUUCGGUAAUGUUGAGCUGACACUGGUACCUAUCUGUGAAUGCAAUUGCUCAUCACAAAUGAGUCCAAACCACCCAUCUUGUGGCGACCGAGGCUCUCUUGUGUGUGGAGCCUGCGACUGUUAUGAGGGCUUCUAUGGAGAGCAAUGUGAGUGUGAUGAUGAACUGGGGCCCUGUCUGGGUGACUGUUUUAACAGAGGAACUUGUGAUAACUGCACAAGAGAGUGUAUAAGUUGUGAUACAUACCAGGACACUAUAGGUGGUGUUUUUCAGAUAGUGGGCAGUUUUGGAGAGAGAUGUCAGUGUGACAACUCCACUGGUGCUGGAGCCUGUCCUGUUGGGAGAGAUAUAGACCAAGUCUGCAGUGGUUGGGGAGAGUGCAUGUGUGAUGGAGAGAAGUGUGACUGUGACUGUGAGUGUGGGGCAGCUCCUCUCUCUGGUCAGCAGUACUCUGGAGAUGACUGUGGCUGCGACCCUGACAACUGCUACAAUGAGCAGUACCCUGGUAGGGAAUGUGCACACAGUAGGAACAGACACUUGGAUGGUCAUUGUGACUGUAAUAAAUGUGAGUGCCCUGCAGAGGACUCUGUCUACUUCAACAGGACCUGCAUCAAUAGAAUUGACUUGUGUGAUAUGUUUGACUCCUGCGCUCGCUGCUGGCCUCGGGGUUGCACUACAGAAGACUGUCAAUCCGGUUACCUGGAGGAUUCCAUGCCAGAAGACAGCGGGGCCUUGUUUUGCCAGUUUGAGCAGGACAGUUGUAUUAUUGUUAACUACCUGAUUGUCCCCUCUGGACCAUCUUACUCCAUGGCCAGAGUGUACUUUUUGGAGUACAGUGACUGCCAGUCAUCAGAGAUAGAUAGUAUGGCCUGGGUAGCUCCUGUCAUGGCAGUGCAAGGAUUUCUUCUUCUGGUAGCUGUGCCAGUGAUUUCUGGCUUGUGCAUUCUGAGAAAACAUAACAAAAAUCACACCAGUAAAGCAGUGAGAGCAAAGUAUCCAGGGAUGAAGGGAAAAGGGAAGUUUCCUAACACCUUGGUGUUAGAUACUGUACCUAGUAGAGGAGCUUCAUUCGUGCACAUUUUCUUGUAAUUUGCCGUUUCACAUGGUCAUCAAGGGUGCACUGUGUGCACUACUGUCUUAUUUAUUGAGGCAUCAUGUAAAAGUCCAGUAUUUUAACUAUUUACGCAGUGGUCCAGUCCAGCCUGUUGAAUUAUAAUGGAAGCAAGGCUAUAAUAAGCUGACAAAAAACGAAUUUCUAGUCUGAUAGAUAAUGUAUCGUUGUCCACAACGCAGGUCGCACAUUGUGGAAGGAGGAAGUGAGAAAGAAAAGAGAUGAUGAGAAAGAGGAUUUUGAAACCACUGCUGCACUAACUGAACCGCUAAUGAUGUCUGAUGUACUAGAAGAACUGGUACAAGAAAUGUCUAGUGACGGACUCUUUGUUCCUGAUACUAGCAUCAUCAUACAAAACGUUGUUGGUGAAGGAGAGUUUGGAGUUGUGUACAAGGCACUUCUACAUGGGUGGAAGGAGUACAUGUACUGUUUGGUUGCCGUGAAGACUUUAAAAGGAAUGUUUAGUUGUUGUGAUGUUAAACAUCUGGCAGAGGAGAGUAAGAUCAUGGCAACAUUUGAUCAUCCCAAUGUCAUGAAGCUGAUUGGUGUGUCCAUCAACAAGUAUAGAAACCUUUUUAUUGUAAUGCCAUUCAUGGCUAAAGGCAGUCUCUUAUAUCAUCUGACGAGGAAUAGACACAUUUUCACUAUAGAGAGUGAGGAAAUCACAGAAAUGGUAAUUGUACCUACUAAAUUGAGUUACAUCUUUGAACUACUACAAACACUCAAUUAAUAUUUCACAGCCAGAAGUAACGAGUUCAAGGUUGCUAUCAAUGUGCCUGCAGAUUGCAAAAGGCAUGGAAUACUUGGCACACAAUAAGUUUGUUCAUCGUGACCUCGCAGCUAGGAACUGCAUGAUUGACCUGAACAAUGUGAUAAAGGUUGCUGACUUUGGUCUGACAGAGGAUAUCUAUGCCAGGAACUAUUUCAGACAAACAACAGAACAAGAGAGGAUGGAGAGCCUCCUGUGAAGCUGCCAGUGAAAUGGAUGGCUCUGGAGAGUCUGAAUGAUGGAAUCUUCUCUGAGAAAACUGAUGUGUGGUCAUUUGGAGUGACAUGUUGGGAGGUGUUCUCAUUGGGGAAGAACCCCUACCCUGGAGUGGACCCCUUUUCCCUCAUCAGAUAUCUGGAGAGAGGAGAGAGACUGGACAAGCCUCUCAAUGCUGCCUGCUCCCAGGAAAUAUAUGAUGUGAUGAAGGAGUGUUCGGAGCGGAAGCCAUGGAAGAGACCAAGUUUCUCUCAACUGGUGACUGUCAUCUCCACUAGUCUAGAGAGAAUGGCUGGAUAUCUGGACCUCAACUCUCUGGUUCCUACCACUGACAUGAAAACAAUAGUCUUUUAGUUUAGCCUACUGUAACACAUAGUGGGUUAUAUAUGUAGCUAAAUAAUCUCUGAGUUUACUGUGGGUGAUUUGGAAUG